CAGAAAAACCCGAAGAAGCCCCGGAAAAAAAAUCCCAAAGAAACUGAAAUCAAGAGGAACCAAUCGCACUUAAUAUUUUAAUAAUCCGUGGAGUUUUCAUGUAACAACAGCUUAGCAGAUUUCUGUCUCGAUCCAGGAUCAGAAUUAACAGGUUUGACAAUUUCUAUUGAUAGGGUUGAGGAUUAGAGUUGUUCUGAAUGGGGAUUCAAACAACGGGAUCCCAAAGCAAUGACCAACAGCCUCUUUCACAGCCAUCUCCAUUGAUGAGGCAGAAUUCAUGGUAUAGUCUCACUCUUAAUGAAUUUGAAAACCAGAUGGGGAACGUGGGGAAGCCCCUAGGUAGUAUGAACCUUGACGAACUUCUUAAUAAUGUAUGGAGUAAUGAAUCGAAUCCAACCUUGGGGAUGAACAACGGAAGUAUAUCAUCAUCGUCUUCUCUCCCACGUCAGGCUAGCCUAACUUUGGUUAGAGCUCUGAAUGGGAAGAUGGUUGAUCAAGUUUGGACUGAGAUACAACAAGGUCAGAAGAGGAGGUAUGGUGAGGAGAUGAAGGAUCAUAAAAGAGAACCAACGCUUGGUGAAACCACGUUGGAGGAUUUUCUGGUACAAGCAGGACUUUUUGUUGCUGAUACAUCAUUGGCUCCUACUAUGGAAUUGCAUACACAACAGAGUUUACCACUGCAGCUCAGAUCGUCACCUACCCCUUCGAUUGGCACAAUAUCGGACACACCAAUGACAGGGCGGAAAAGAGAUGCUGAAGACGCAUUUGAGAAGAGCAUUGAGAGGAGGUUAAGGAGAAAGAUCAAGAAUAGGGAAUCUGCUGCCCGAUCACGUGCCAGAAUGCAGGCUUACCAUAAUGAGCUGGUUAACAAGGUUUCACGAUUAGAAGAGGAUAAUAUAAAGCUCAAAAGAGAGAAGGAAUUCGAUAUAAAAUUUCAGUGUGAAACAUCUGAACCAAAUUAUCAGCUAAGAAGAACAAGUUCUGCCAUUUUCUGACGUGUUUUCCGUUGUUUCAAGUUUUCUAGUUGCCAAAAUAUUAGGCUAUCCAGUUGGCUUGUCGAUGGAACUGCUUCGGGAAUUAAUCCAAGGGUUUGGUCUUUUGUACUUUUAUAAUUAUAUAUGUUGGUUUUCUUCAGCUUCCAUAAACUGCCAUGUUUAUAAGUUAGGCUCUGUUUAUUUGGCUGAAAGACAACUGAAUUGGUGUUGAUUAGGGUUAAUUCUACCUGUAAGUUAAAGCAAAGUAGAAAUAGUUAGCACUGCGGUAGAAGACUGUGUCU